CAGCAUCCCCAGGGUCCCAGCGCCGCAAUCUGCUCGCCCAGCUCCGCCCAGGUUGAGACCAGAGUUCUGCUCAGAACUUUCUGGUACCCAGCCCUGUCUCAGGAGCCCAGGCUACCCUGUCCCCUUAGCGUGGCUGCAGGCGUGGGGCGAUGAGCUGUCUUCUAAGUAGUGUGGUCCCAAUAUGGCUGGCUCUGCUGGUCUGCGGAGCACAGGCCUUUUUCCUCCCCAACACCACGAGCCUGGAGAAGCUGCUGAGCAAGUACCAGCAGGCCGAGCCACACUCCCGGGCGCGCAGGGCCAUCCCCUGGUCCGACCGCCAGGAGAUCCUCAUGCUGCACAACAAACUGCGAGGUCAGGUACAUCCCUCUGCCUCCAACAUGGAGUACAUGACUUGGGAUGAGGAGCUGGAAAGGUCUGCUGCAGCGUGGGCACAGGAGUGCCUGUGGGAGCACGGGCCCGCCAGCCUGUUGGUGUCCAUCGGGCAGAACCUGGCCGUGCACUGGGGCAGGUACCGCUCUCCUGGGUUCCACGUGCAGUCCUGGUAUGACGAGGUGAAAGACUACACCUAUCCCUAUCCCCACGAGUGCAACCCGUGGUGCCCAGAGCGCUGCUCAGGUGCUAUGUGCACCCACUACACACAGAUGGUCUGGGCCACCACCAACAAGGUUGGCUGUGCUGUACACACCUGUCGGAGUAUAAACGUCUGGGGAGACAUCUGGGAGAAUGCUGUGUAUCUUGUCUGCAAUUAUUCCCCCAAGGGAAACUGGAUUGGUGAGGCUCCCUACAAGCAUGGUCGUCCCUGCUCCGAGUGCCCACCCAUCUAUGGAGGCGGCUGCCAGAACAACCUAUGCUACCAAGAAGAGCCUAACAGUCAGAAACCGGAGGUAGAUGAGAUGAACGAGGUGGAAUCGCCCCCUGCUCCCGAGGAAAAACAUGUCUGGGUUCAGCCCAGGGUGGUCAGACCCUCGAAGCCCAAGAAGACCCCAGCCAUCAGCUUCAUGACCCAAGUGGUCCGCUGUGACACAAAGAUGAAGGACACGUGCAAGGGAACCACGUGUAACAGGUACCAGUGCCCUGCAGGCUGUCUGAACAACAAGGCGAAGAUUUUUGGAUCUCUGUUUUACGAGAGUUCCUCCAGCAUAUGCCGGGCUGCUGUCCAUUAUGGCGUCAUCGAUGAUCGAGGUGGCCUGGUGGAUGUCACCAGGAACGGGAUGGUCCCCUUCUUUGUCAAAUCUCAAAAAAAUGGCGUGGAGUCCCUGAGCAAAUACAAGCCUUCUAGCUCCUUCACGGUGUCCAAAGUAAAAGAGCAGAGUGUGGACUGCCACACCACAGUUGCACAGCUCUGUCCCUUUGAGAAGCCGGCUACUCACUGCCCGAGAGUCUGGUGUCCUGCACGCUGUGGAGAAGAGCCGUCCUAUUGGGCCCCUGUAUUUGGAACCAACAUCUACGCUGACACGUCCAGCAUUUGCAAGGCAGCUGUGCAUGCAGGUGUCUUCAGAGACGAGAACGGCGGCUAUGCAGAUGUGAUGCCCGUGGACAAAAAGAAGAACUACGUGGGCUCGCUCAGGAAUGGGGUGCAGUCAGAGAGCCUGAGUGCUCCUCAGAGUGGAAACGCCUUCCGGAUCUUCGCUGUCAGGCAGUGAAGAAUGUGGAGACCUGGGGAAAAGGGGCCGUCGUCUACCGGGUUUGGGGUCCUGCUUUCUAUCUGUACUUUGUCCUUUGGGGGUGGGGGUGGGGUUACAGAGAGUCAGGAAUCUUUCUUUCUGUGUCAUCGAAUGCCCUGUCCCUUCGUGGCCUUUGGUGAGGGUAACAUAGCAUCGUCAGUUUGUGAGCAAAAUGCCAUGGAGUCUCCGGUGGACAACCAAUGCCCAGAGUGGGCAGGCUGUGGUCCCCAUCUGGUGGCUCAUGUCCUUUCACCGAGGCACUCCUCGCCACGUUUGCUUUGGUGGGGGGGAGGGGGAAUCGUUCAAACCCUUGAGGAUACAGGUUUGAGAUGUGUCAUGAGUGGGACUCUUGUCUGGGUAGAGAUGACAGCCCUAAAGUCACGGUAUAUCCUACCAACAGAGAAAUCGGUUCUAUGUUUGCUGGUCAGACAGAUGGGCUGCAAGAGAGGCCCGGGGCAAGACUUGGGCUCUGCCCUGGUGGUGUCCUUUGCUUGUGUCCCCAACCCUCUUGGCAGUCACGUGCUUAUGUAUCCAGCAGAGCUGGUCUAUUUAAAGUUGGCAGCACUCCAGAGAUUUAUCUUGUUUUUGUCCUUGUCCGUGUGGCCUCUUUUCAGAUGACCUUUGGUCUCAUGGAGGACCGAUGCAUCAGGAACCUUCCCUGUCUUCCCAUUCCAUGACCCUGUGGCUUCUGCCCCACCCCAGGCUGGUCUAGGUGUCCUCCCCUGGGACUUGGCUUUGCACAAGUCUCCAGGUCUAGAUGUCUGCUCUCUCCUUAGAACAAGAGCUGUCUCCCUGCUGCUGUUUGAGUGACAACUCAAUGUCACCUUCCCCUUAGUUUGGGUGACCUAGUUUUUUAGCUGUGGGAGGAAUGGAUUCCUGGAACAUUCCUCAUGGAGGUUAAUGGAGUGGCUUGUGGUGGUAAAACCGCCCAUGACAGACACGCCAGCCACCAGGGAGAGGGGCCGGGACACACAGGAAGGAUUCCUGUUCCUAUUGGUGGAGCCCAGCUCCUGCCAGCAUCCACACAGCUCCAAGAGUGUGGUGAGCCCUGGAUUCCAUCACUUAGGAGCCUGGCCUAAACCCACUGUAAAACGAAACAUGCUUUUGUAAACAGCUUACUCUAGCGAAGGUGAAAUCCCACCCCAGCCCUGGGGAUGUUGCAGAUUGCCAGUGAGUGCCGUGAGUGCUGGCUUCAA